AUCUCAAGACGUAAUACUGAGAAGAGUAGUGAAGCCGAGAAACGAAUAAGAUUAUCAGACGAUAAUGUUGAAGUUAAUAAAAAAACAAUAGAAAAACUAUUAAGAACCAAUUCGCAGAUAAUUUCUAAGCUUGAACUCAACGAUGAUAACAAAAAUAAUAAUACAAUAGAUACGGAGUAUAUAAAGGAGCUCGUUAAGAAGGUGUCAAAAAUUUUAUUUGAAAAUUUUGUUUAUCCUUCGCAAGAAGAGUACAGACUUGCUACCGAAAAAUAUUUAAAAGACGAAAAUCCAGAAUUUAUACGCCAGUUCAAAAAAAAUCAAUGGAUUCUUUUUUUCGAAAAAAAAAUUGCCCCAACUUUAGUACAACAACAUAGGAGUAUAAGAGGGACGUUCACGUCCAGAGUAAAAGAUGUAAUGUAUUCUGUUUAUGAAGUAACUGGGCAUAAAUUACCGUCCAUUAACACUCAGGCUAGUCCGUCAAAGAUUCAGGAAUGGAAGAGUAAGCCGGAGGUGAAAAGAUGUUACAACAUCCUAUUUAAAAAGGUUAAAGAUGGACAACCUACGACAUAUAUGUCGCUGAUAAUUGAUAAGGAUAAAUUUACACAUUCGGACGAUGAUUCUCAUGAUGGUAAUGAUGUAGACGAUGGUGGUGAUAGAGCAGCUGACGAUAGAGCAGGUGCGGCUGAUGAUGGUGUGACUAACGAUGGUAGGCCUAACGAUGGUGCGGCUAACGAUGAUGCGGCCAACGAUGGUGCGGCCAACGAUGGUGCGGCCAAUGAUGGCAUAGCUGACGAUGAUAUACUUUCUAUUGACUCUUAUAACACGGAGGAGGAAGGUCGGUAUGUAAAUAGUUUAUUAGAGAAUUAUGGGUUGCAUAAGAAAUAA